AACUUUGAGCAGUCUAAGAAAGCUAACGAGCGGCGAAGCAGAUCAAAAUUUUCCACACGCACUGAAAUACCUAUACAUAUAAGCAAUGUGGAGUGAUUUAAAGAACAAGGUGAUCCUGGUGACCGGCGCCGGGGCUGGCAUUGGUAAUGCUCUGGUCAAGCAGCUGGCCGCUGCGGGCGCCACGGUCAUUGCGGUGGCGCGCAGUGAGGCGCAGCUGAGGGAUUUGGUGGCCGUCGAUGAGCAGCACAUUAAGCCACUGUUGCUCGACUUGCGUGACUGGAACAAGGUGCGUGAGGACUUGUCCGCUGUGCCGCCGCUCGACGGCCUGGUUAACAAUGCGGGCGUGGCCAUUAUCAAACCCUUCGCCGAGCUGACCGAACAGGAUUUCGAUACGCAAUUCGAUGUAAACAUCAAGGCCGUCUUCAAUGUGACCCAGGCGCUGCUGCCCAAGCUACGCAAUGGCAGCUCCAUCGUCAACGUCUCCUCGAUUGCGGCAUCCCGCAGUUUUGCCGGCCACACCGCCUACAGUGCGACCAAAGCGGCACUGGACUCGCUGACCAAAUCUUUGGCCCUGGAGCUAGGCGAACGUCAGAUAAGAGUCAAUUCGGUUAAUCCCACCGUGGUGCUGACCAAAAUGGGCCGUGACAAUUGGUCCGAUCCGGCCAAGAGUGGGCCACUGCUGGCCCAUAUACCGCUGCAUCGCUUCUGUGAGGUGCAGGAGGUGGUCGAUGCCAUUGGCUAUCUGCUGAGCAGCAAGUCCAGCUUCGUGAAUGGCCACCACAUUAACCUGGAGGGCGGCUACUCCGUCUCCUAAACACGCACACACACACACACUUAUGGAUACUCACAUGCACAGAGAUACAC